AUUAUUAUUUUAAUAAUUAGCGUAAAAAGCAAUGAUUAGUUGAAAAUUAAACAAAAGAAUUAGAUUCGAAAAAUUGUUAAAGCCAUAGAGCAUCACAGCCGUCAAGAUUGUGUCCUUUCUGAAUCCAACGGUCAGAUCGAGAUCUCAUUGGUUUAUUAAUAGCAACAGUCUCCUAAAAUAGGUUUGCAGAGAAGCUUUCUCUUCUAUUUUCUCUCUCUCAGUUAACCAGAGAGAGCAUCAAUGGCUUCUACUUCUUCUCUAGCGCUCUCACAAGCUCUCCUUACACGAGCCAUCUCUCACAAUGGCUCUGAAAACUGCGUCUCUAUACCAGCUUUCUCUGCUCUCAAAUCCACUUCUCCACGCACCAGUGGCACCAUCUCUUCCCGUCGACGAAACGCCUCCACGAUCAGUCACUCUCUCCGCCCUCUGGUUCGUGCAGCCGCCGUAGAGGCAAUCGUGACAAGUUCUGAUUCGUCCCUGGUUGAUAAGUCGGUGAACACGAUCAGGUUUCUGGCAAUAGAUGCGGUUGAGAAGGCGAAAUCAGGUCAUCCAGGUCUUCCUAUGGGCUGUGCUCCGAUGUCUCACAUUUUGUACGAUGAAGUCAUGAAGUAUAACCCCAAGAAUCCUUACUGGUUUAACCGUGAUCGUUUCGUUCUCUCUGCUGGACAUGGAUGCAUGUUGCAAUACGCUCUGCUUCACCUUGCUGGCUACGACAGCGUUAGGGAGGAAGAUUUGAAGAGCUUCCGUCAAUGGGGAAGUAAGACUCCAGGACAUCCUGAGAAUUUUGAGACUCCUGGUGUUGAAGCCACUACUGGUCCUCUUGGACAAGGUAUUGCAAAUGCUGUUGGUUUAGCUCUUGCGGAGAAGCAUUUGGCUGCUAGAUUUAACAAACCUGACAAUGAGAUUGUUGACCACUACACGUAUUCGAUUCUUGGAGAUGGUUGUCAGAUGGAAGGGAUUUCAAAUGAAGUUUGCUCUCUAGCUGGUCACUGGGGACUUGGAAAGCUAAUCGCUUUCUACGAUGACAAUCACAUUUCCAUUGAUGGAGACACAGAUAUUGCUUUUACCGAGAGCGUGGACAAACGCUUUGAAGCUCUUGGAUGGCAUGUUAUCUGGGUAAAGAAUGGAAACAAUGGUUAUGAUGAGAUCCGUGCUGCCAUUAGGGAAGCUAAGGCUGUAACAGACAAGCCCACUUUGAUUAAGGUCACUACUACAAUUGGUUAUGGUUCUCCCAACAAGGCAAACUCAUACAGUGUCCAUGGAGCUGCGCUUGGUGAGAAGGAAGUUGAGGCUACCCGAAACAAUCUUGGGUGGCCAUAUGAGCCGUUCCAUGUACCUGAGGAUGUCAAAAGCCAUUGGAGCCGUCACACGCCCGAAGGGGCUGCUCUUGAAGCUGAUUGGAAUGCCAAAUUUGCAGCUUAUGAGAAGAAAUAUCCGGAGGAAGCUGCAGAGUUGAAAUCUAUUAUCUCAGGUGAAUUGCCCGUUGGUUGGGAGAAGGCACUUCCUACAUAUACACCAGACUCUCCGGGUGAUGCCACCAGAAACCUGUCUCAGCAAUGUCUUAACGCACUUGCGAAAGCUGUGCCUGGUUUUCUUGGUGGGAGUGCUGACCUUGCAUCUUCCAACAUGACAAUGCUUAAAGCAUUCGGCAACUUCCAAAAAGCCACACCUGAAGAAAGAAACCUUAGAUUUGGUGUCAGGGAACAUGGUAUGGGAGCUAUCUGCAACGGCAUUGCCCUUCACAGCCCCGGUUUUAUCCCUUACUGCGCAACUUUCUUUGUGUUUACUGACUAUAUGAGAGCUGCAAUGAGAAUCUCGGCUUUGUCUGAAGCUGGUGUUAUAUACGUUAUGACCCAUGACUCCAUUGGUCUUGGAGAAGAUGGACCAACCCACCAACCCAUCGAACACUUAUCCAGUUUCCGUGCCAUGCCCAAUAUUAUGAUGUUCCGUCCAGCUGAUGGGAACGAAACAGCCGGUGCAUACAAAAUCGCUGUCACAAAACGUAAGACACCUUCUGUCUUAGCCUUAUCUAGACAAAAGCUGCCUCAACUUCCAGGAACAUCUAUUGAGAGCGUCGAGAAAGGUGGAUACACCAUUUCUGACAACUCAACCGGUAACAAACCCGAUGUGAUCUUGAUCGGAACUGGAUCAGAGCUAGAGAUUGCUGCUCAAGCUGCAGAGAAGUUAAGGGAACAAGGCAAAAGUGUGAGAGUUGUUUCCUUUGUAUGUUGGGAGCUUUUCGACGAGCAAUCAGAUGCAUACAAGGAAAGUGUUUUGCCAUCUGAUGUAUCAGCUAGAGUUAGUAUCGAAGCUGGAUCGACUUUUGGAUGGGGAAAGAUCGUCGGAGGAAAAGGGAAAUCGAUUGGAAUUGAUACGUUUGGAGCAAGUGCACCAGCAGGAAAGCUUUAUAAAGAGUUUGGUAUCACCAUUGAAGCUAUGGUUGAAGCAGCCAAGUCACUUAUUUAAAAAAGUAUCUUACAGGUACUACCGAGGUUUGCAUUUGAAGUAAGAGACAUUCCAUAAGCAUUAUCUUCUUUGUCCAAAUAAAAAUAUACUCCUUCCAAUCUUUUUAUAAAUGAUGUUUAAAGCUUUCAUUUUGGUUUUUAAAUAAAUGAUGUUUUAAAUUUUCAAUGCAAAAUUAUUUUUAUUGGUUGAUUAAAUAAAUGAUGUUUUAGGCUUUUAUUUAUAUUUUUAUUGUUUUCUUGUAAUUAACAUAGUUUUGAUCUUUGUAAACAACAACUCUAUUGUACUUUUAUUCUUGAUUAGUUGAUUUUAUUUCGCAAAGACAUGUAAUCCUUACAUGUUAAUUGCAAUCGUCUCAACUAGUCUUACAUCUACUUUGUAGUCUAAUUGGUUGACACAAAAGGAAUUUACGGAAUUCUGUCUAGAAUCUUUCCAUUUUUGCUUACAAAUAUGGCACAACCGGAAAUUCCCUUACUUAUUUAUGGAAAAACAAAAGUGUCAUGUGUUAUAUAUAUUGGUCCCUUUUUAUGUUUGUAGGGCUAUCACUACCAAUCCACAAUGGAAGAUUCACAACCGUGUACAUCACGUAACCUAGAUCAUGCCGAAAACUCCACAGCAAGCAUUCCUCUUAAACUCAUCUUCGAAAUACUAUCGAGGCUUUCGACGAAAUUUAUCAUCAGAUUCCGAUCCGUGUCGAUGCUGUGACGCUCUAUCAUCGAUAGUAAAGAUUUCGUCGACGCCUUUCUGAAUCCUCUUUUUUCAAUGAAGACUCUUUUUUUAGUCCGCUUUAUGGAAUAAUACUUAUGUUUUAACGUAAUGAAUCUUUAUAUCUAUUUGUAUUUUUCAGUUACACUUUUGUUUGGAC